AAAACACACAGACACAUAGCUUCACGGGUGUUGCCGCUUUCGGUGCUAUAGCUCAAUUAAAAUCAGGAUGGAAGUAAACACAUGCAAUAUUCAAGUCCUCCUGCAAGCUGCUGAAUAUUUAGAGAGAAGAGAAAGAGAAGCCGAGCAUGGCUACGCUUCGAUCCUUCCUUUUUACAGCAAAACGACAGAAAAAAGAAGCAAAUCGAAAUCUAAAAAGAGUUCAGCGGGGAACAGCAGGUCAGUUCACAAUGAACUGGAAAAGCACAGACGAGCUCAGUUGCGGCACUGUUUGGAACAGCUGAAAGAGCAGGUCCCGCUGUCCUCGGACUCCACGAGGAACACCACUCUGAACUUGCUGAGGCGGGCACAAAUGCACAUAAAGAAGCUGCAGGAGCAGAACGAGCGGGCCGAACUGCUGAAGGACCGGCUACGCUGGGAGCAACAGGAACUGCGGAUGCGGCUGCAGCAGCUGCAGGGUGGCACAGAGAGGAUGCGCAACGACAGCCUAGGCUCGGCCAUGUCCUCCGAAAGAUCCGAUUCGGACAGAGAGGAUGUGGAGAUCGAUGUCGAGAGCAUGGUGUGGACUUUGGACUCUGACGGUCUGGGCUUAACGCGCACCGGCGCGGAUCAUAGUUACUCCACUUCUGACCGUGCCUGGUUAUGACGACCAUAAAUCUGCUCUUAUUAUAAAUUGCUGAAACAUUCCAAAAACUGUAUCACAAGGUCGAAGGCUAAGGGGAGGAGGGGGAGAAAAAAAAGAAAGGGGGGGGGGGGAGAGAGAGAGAGGAGCCUCAAACCAAAAACUUGACGGCUUGUCACAGAAACACACUGCUGCCAUUUUAUAACCAUCAGACUCAGGCUGUUCGCAAGCACGGCUGGAUUUCUUUUUUUUUUUUUUUUUUUUUAUGACCUGGUGCUGUAGAUACACGGUGAUUAACGGAGGUCUGACGUUUUUGUUCUUAAAUGUUCUCGUCAUCCUUCUUUAAGCUAAUCUGACUCUGUGUCAGGGUCAUCCUGCAGUAUAUACUUUUGCUUGCACUUAGACCUUUUCACUUAUUUAACAAAUGUCGCUCUCUAAUUUUGAUAUGUUGCACAAAGCAGCCGCAUCAGCACUUAACUUCACGUCGUUCACGCGUCGGACGUUUGUUCUCCGGAUUGCUUAUGGUGAGAUUUGCAGAUCAUGUCCAAAUCAGUGUUUUUUUGUUUUGUUUUUUUAAAAAAAAGCUUUUCUCUUUUGAAAGAUCAACAUCACUCAUGGAUGUGUAUUCUGUGCAGCAAAGUGAUAAAACUGUCUUCUUAAACUAGUUCUGUAGUGAAUAAUUUCGCUCGCCCGGUUAAAUUCAAACCGUAAUAAUCGAUAACAUUUUAAAUUAACAUUGGAUGAUUUCACAGACGGCUGGAUUAUAAAGUCGAUGGAGGACUCGAUCCGAUAAUAGCAUGGUCCAUCUUCUAUACCGCGCAUCCUUUUCAGGGUCAUGGGGAACCUGGAGCCUAUCCCAGGAAGCACCGGGCACAAGCCGGGGUACACCCAUGGUUACAAACUAAAUUUAGUAUUGAUCAGCUAGGACAGUCUCAUUCGCCUUAACGGCAACUUCCUUCGUUUCGCAGGGGCAUGUUUGGGUCAAGUAUUUCAUACUGAUUUGUACGUGUGUUUAAGGAAAGCGGUUCAUGAAAUGAACACGGUAUUUGUUUCCUGCACUAGUAGUUCUUGGGUACGCUAAUUUUCCUAAAACGAUUCCAGAACCAUCCGGUGUUAUUUUUAGAAGGAAAUGUAGUUUAAUAGAAAGCAUUUCCCCCUUUUUUUAAAAAAAAAAAAAUGUAGUUGCUAGGCUUCACCUGGAAGGUGUCUCGAUACGUAGGACUCUUUUUUUGAAAUGUCUAUGUACAAGAAAACAUGUUGAAAUAUCAGCAAUCCUGCUGAACCAGGCAUUUAUGCAAUGAAUUAAUGUUCAGUUAUUCAGUGUAAAUAUACACAAGCUAAAUAGUACACUGUAUAUGUGAUUGUGAACACCAAAAGCCUUAUGAAUUAUUUUUUUUUUUUGUAUGCAUUUGGAACGCCAUCACUUUUGUAUUUAUCUGCCCUCUGUGUAUUCGUAUGUAGCAUUUUCUUACCAAUGUAAACCUUUUUUUGUACAAAUAAAUAUUUUAUGUAUUUAACUUGA